UCAGAAUCCACUAAUCUCGGAUAUUUUUCUUCUCCAAUCCCAUUCGCUCCACAUCUCGGAUAUUUUCCUUUUUCUUCCCCAAACGAAAAAGGAAAAGAAAAAUAGAGCAGAAAACACUAGCUCCACACCUCCACUAGUUGCUGCGGCCACGCUCAUCUUCCCCACUCCACCGAUCGGAACUCAGAGCCACCGCCUCCACCCUCCGAUUCGCCGUUGCCGUUAAAUCAGACAUAUCCACUCCGUGUCACCUCCGAUCCGUCGCCGUCGAACUGUCUAUCCACAGGCUGUCAGGCAUACCCCUCCGAUUUCUAGAGGAGAGAGUCGCCGGCGAUGCUCUGCUCCGGCCGCAUGCUGGCCUGCAGCGGCCUCGGGCCCGGUCGGCUCCGGCCGCCGCGCUUCCACGCCGACUGGCUGCGCCCGCCGGCGCCCGUGCGCAAGUGGCGGGUCACGGCCUCCGCCGCCGCGUCCGGCAGCUCCCCUGACCUGCCGUCGUCGUCGUCGUCGCCUACCCCGCCGUUCGGCGCCGGGGAGGACCAGGCCGCCGCGUCACCGGGGUUUUGCAUCAUUGAAGGGCCAGAGACUGUCCAAGAUUUUGCAAAGCUGGACUUGCAGGAGAUUCAAGACAACAUUAGGAGCCGCAGAAACAAAAUUUUCUUGCAUAUGGAGGAGAUUCGCAGGUUGAGAAUACAACAAAGAAUAAAAAAUGCUGAGCUCGGAAUUUCAGUUGAAGAGCCUGAUAGGGAGCUUCCUGAUUUUCCGUCAUUCAUUCCAUUCUUGCCUCCCCUGAGUGCAGCUAAUCUGAAGGUUUACUAUGCUACAUGUUUCACUCUCAUUGCUGGGAUUAUGGUCUUUGGUGGUUUUCUUGCACCAAUUCUGGAACUUAAACUCGGUGUAGGAGGCACAUCUUAUGCAGACUUCAUUCGAAGCGUUCAUUUGCCCAUGCAAUUGAGUCAGGUAGAUCCGAUUGUGGCAUCCUUCUCAGGAGGGGCAGUUGGAGUUAUCUCCGCCCUAAUGGUUGUUGAGAUAAACAAUGUCAAGCAACAGGAACUUAAACGGUGCAAAUAUUGUUUAGGAACUGGAUACCUGGCUUGCGCCCGCUGUUCAAGCACAGGAGCUCUUGUGCUCACUGAGCCUGUUUCAACGUUCAGUGACGGUGAUCAGCCUUUAUUGGCACCGAGGACAGAGAGAUGCCCAAAUUGUUCAGGCGCAGGAAAGGUGAUGUGCCCAACAUGCCUCUGCACGGGGAUGGCAAUGGCAAGCGAGCAUGAUCCCCGGAUCGAUCCCUUUAUUUAGGACAUACCUUAGUCCAGGGUUUUGUGUACCGUGUGUAAGCUGUUUGUAGAUAAUAGUGUCGGCAGAUGUUUUUGGAUAGGGCCACGCUUCAGGUUGUAGUGAACCUGAAUCAACUGCAGGCUUAUGUAGGACCACGCCAUUCUCGAUCCCUGUACUGAGCGAAUCGGAUGAGCUGAAGAAUGCAAAGAUGUAUGUUGUAUUGUUGUAGAAAAGAAAUAAAUUGGGUGCGUCAGUUCACAGCGUGUGUAUGGUUUACCCAUCACUAACGAUUCAGUCUCAUGAAUGAAUUUAUCUACACAUUCACCAUU